UUUUUCGACAAAAUCUAUCUCUGUGUGUAGCUAGAGAGGGAGACAUAUACCGGAUCUAUCUGGAAACAGCAGAUUUCCACUCGUUUCGUCCGAUUUUACACAUCAACUCGCUAUAAUUCUGAACCGAUAAGCUGGUGCCAGAGUAAAAGUAGGCUCGUAAAGAAGAGACCGCAAAGCUUCAAUCUGGACAAAUUUUCCGACAGAGAAAAAAAUGCCCAGCACUAAGACGCGAAUUGCGAUCGUCGGGGGUGGUGUAGCUGGUCUUGUGGUAGCGAGGCAUAUCGUAGCCAGGCCCGAAACUUACAGUCUAAUCCUAUUCGAGCAAACUGAUAACAUUGGUGGUACAUGGGUUUAUACAGAUGAAACGGAAAUGAAUAAGAAUGGAUUGCCCGUUCACAGCAGUAUGUACAAGAAUCUCAGAACGAAUCUGCCAAAAGAAAUAAUGCAGAUUCCGGAUUUUCCUUUCGAUGACGAGGAAGGUCCGUCCUUCGUUCACCACAGCGUGAUACGCAAAUAUCUUCUGGACUACACGGCUCAUUUCAAUCUGCUCCCUCACAUCAAGCUGGGCACUGUCGUAAAUCACGUCGAACCUGAAACAUUAUCCAACGGCCAAGUAAUUUGGAUGGUGACGUACAUGGAUCUGGCAACGGGCGUUGAAACGAGGAAAAUUUUCGACGCUGUUGUAUUAUGUAACGGACAUUAUACCGUUGGAACUGUACCCCAUAUACCUGGCAUUGAGAGUUUUAAGGGUGCCACCCUCCACAGUCAUCAGUAUAGGAAACCAGAAGAUUUUGCCGACAAAAAUGUUUGCAUCCUUGGGGCUUCGUGGUCUGGCAUUGAUAUCUGCUUAGAAGUUACUAAAUAUGCGAGGAAGGUUUAUCUCAGUCACAAUUUAUCGAAGCAGUUAGACUCGAAAAUGGGAAAAAACGUUGAACAACGAGCUGGUAUCGAGCAAAUCAGAGGCAAUACGUUCAUCUUCCAAGAUGAAACAUCCGCACAAAUCGACGUACUCAUUUACUGCACUGGCUACGACUUUACGUACCCUUUUGUCUCACUAAAAGUAGAAAUUCGAACGGAAGAUAAUCACGUUGAACCAAUCUACAAACACCUUAUCCAUAUGGAUUGGAAAAAUCUAUUCUUCAUGGGUCUACCUGCAAUCGUUAUUCCCUUCCCGAUGUUCCACAUACAAGCGCAAUACAUUUUAGGCAUUAUGGAAGGAAAAAUCAAACUCCCAUCGUCGAACCAAAUGCGAGAGGAGUACGAAAAAGAGAAACAGAUGUUACUUGACCAAUGUAUCGCUUUGAGGCACAUAAACAAGAUGUGCGAUCGACAAUGGGCGUACUACGAAGAGUUGGCGAAAGCAGCUGGUUGUCCAGGCUUCAGACCGGUGGUAAAGAAAAUCUACGACUACAGCAAUCAAAUGCGCCAGCAGGACUUCACCACCUACAAAAAUUAUCAAUACAGGAUCGUUGACGAUGAGAAUUUCGCGGUUUCUUGUUGUAAACCUUGUUAAGCAAAAAAUUAUCAAUCAUGCCAAUUUUUUCACGAUGAAACGUAGGUAACAGUGCCUCGUUGAUUGUUACAUUGACAUUCCUUUAUGGAAUAUUUCUGAUUCAUCAUGUUGAAUUAUAUUAUAUACAUGCGUUGGAUAGUGAAAUUGGCAACCAAAUUUUUUCUUUGGUGUACUGCCGAUUUAUAAUUUUGCAAUAAUUUUGUACUUGCCCCAAGCGUAUUAUAAGCACAAGUUAAUUUGUGUUUACGAUGAUAAUGUUUUACUGCCAGAUCUUACUAUAUAAUUUCAUUUAUUAUAU